GAGUACACUCGUUCUCUUCCUCCACUUUUCAUUUUUGGUCACAGCGCCGCCUCAUGGUUGACUAAAGCUUUCAGAGAGGAUUUAUUUUUCAGGGACAAGGAAUCAGAGUCCUCCCUCUUACCUGCGCCUUGAAGGUUCCUUAGCGAAAGCUAAAGACAGCGAGAAAACGUACUUUUCAGGUCCUCCUAAGGUCCACAUUCUUCUUUGUUCUCGGAGGACCUGGACUCCAUGGUCAGUGACGAAGAGGGGCCUCCAUCCUGUUGGCGCUUGCGUGCUGCGAGGUGGUUCCGCAUGCGCGGUGGGGUCGAGCGAAGCGCACGCUGAGGAGAGUCGGCGGCUGCUACGGGUGCAUCAAGUCUGGUCUCUCCGAUUGAAGAGCGUGGCGCCGGACACCAGUGCGGGAUUCACACACAUACCUCAGAUUGCAGAAUGCCGGGUCUAAGUUGUAGAUUUUAUCAGCACAAAUUUCCUGAGGUGGAUGACGUAGUGAUGGUGAAUGUAAGGUCCAUUGCUGAAAUGGGAGCUUAUGUCAGCUUGCUGGAAUACAACAACAUCGAAGGCAUGAUUCUUCUGAGUGAGUUGUCCAGAAGGCGUAUCCGUUCUAUAAACAAACUCAUCCGAAUUGGCAGGAAUGAAUGUGUGGUUGUUAUCAGAGUGGACAAAGAAAAAGGAUAUAUUGAUUUGUCAAAAAGAAGAGUUUCUCCAGAGGAAGCAAUCAAAUGUGAAGAUAAAUUUACCAAAUCCAAAACUGUUUACAGCAUUCUUCGUCAUGUUGCUGAGGUCUUAGAAUAUACCAAGGACGAGCAGCUGGAAAGCCUGUUCCAGAGGACCGCUUGGGUCUUUGAUGACAAGUACAAGAGACCCGGAUACGGUGCCUAUGAUGCAUUUAAGCACGCAGUCUCAGACCCAUCUAUUUUGGAUGGCUUAGAUUUGAAUGAAGAUGAACGGGAAGUACUCAUUAACAAUAUUAAUAGGCGCUUGACUCCACAGGCUGUCAAAAUUCGAGCAGAUAUUGAAGUGGCUUGUUAUGGUUAUGAAGGCAUCGAUGCUGUAAAAGAAGCCCUGAGAGCAGGUUUGAAUUGUUCUACAGAAACCAUGCCCAUCAAGAUUAAUCUAAUAGCUCCUCCUCGGUAUGUAAUGACUACAACCACCCUGGAGAGAACAGAAGGCCUCUCUGUCCUCAACCAAGCUAUGGCUGUUAUAAAAGAAAAGAUUGAGGAAAAGAGGGGCGUCUUCAAUGUUCAAAUGGAGCCCAAAGUGGUCACAGAUACAGAUGAGACUGAACUUGCAAGGCAGCUGGAGAGGCUGGAGAGAGAAAAUGCCGAAGUGGAUGGAGAUGACGAUGCGGAAGAAAUGGAAGCCAAAGCCGAAGAUUAACUUUGUGGGCAACAGAGUCCAGUUUAAGGAACACAAAGCAGCCUUCCUGGCUGUUAACCCUAGACUUGAAAGUUUUCCAGUAUUGAAAACUUCAAAGCUGAAUAUUUUUUAUUUCGAAGUAUUUAAAUGUUCCAACAGACCAAAAUGUGAAAUGCCCUCCUAAAUGUCAGCUGUUUUCACACAGUAGCUCUGACACCUUGAGCAUUUUUUAAGGGAGUGGCCUGAUUUCACUAGAGACAAAUCUUUAAGAACAGUCAUAAAAUGGGGCGUGUGAUUUCCAUUUCUGAUGUCUCCAGAUUGGCACCCCUUUGUAGUUCAGUGCCUCCAUGAGAUUUACCAGGGGCACCCAAAGCAAAUAGUCCUAACCUUUCUAUAUAAAAUGUAUCAAGCAAACAUUAAAUAAAUUUCUGGGAUAUUUAA